GCAGGAGGGCGGUGCCCAGCAGCGAGUCCUCCAGUGGGUUGUGGUCGGCCAGCAGCACACGGUGCCUUCUUUCCUGGCAGCGGCUGAGGCCUGCGUGUCCCGAUGGAGAUGAGCGGUGCCUUCCCUCCGGGCACAGGAGUCAGAGCUGCCUUGGGACGAUGACCUCGUAUCGGCCUGUCCGUGAGAGCGGAGACGCGGGGGGGCCAGGCUUGAAAGGCGGUGGCGACUAUUACUCCCUGGGUUUCUGGGCUCAGAAUGGCUGCGCCAGGCACCUGGAGGGCACUGCUGCCCCGCGGCCGGCCACCACGACUCCGGCCAUGCCAAAAAUGGGGGUCCGGGCCAGAAUCGCUGACUGGCCUCCCAAGAGAGAAGGGCUGAAGGACCCCGCCAUCCCCCUCCCGCCCCGAGACCUGGAGACCCCGGCCGCCGGUAUGCCGUGGGGCUUCCAGAAUGGCCAGUUUCCCAGUGGGGCCGUCCCCUCGGGGUUCAGAGGCUUCCAGCGCCUGGCUCGGAGGAGGUCCAAAGAUGCUGAGUUCCAGGAGAGCUGGCCCCGCUCUCCGGCCCGGGGAUUCCUGCCACUGCGGAACAGGAGCAGCAGUGAGAUCACUCUCAGCGAGUGUGACUUGGACGAGGCCUUGGAGGCCCGAGGGGCCCGGCUGGCCAGCGGCCUGCCCCUCUUCCGCGAGUACGGGAGCACCUCCUCCAUCGACGCCCAGGGCAUCUCCGAGCAGAGGUUCUACGACAUGCUGAAGGAGUUCCGCAGUGGGAACCCGCUCCCCCCGCCGCUGGAGUCUUGCCGGGCUGCCCGGAUCAGCAAGGCCGAAGCCAGGAACAGUCAAGGAUUGGCCCUGCUGGGGGAUGAGUUCUCCCUGCAGCCCAAGGAGAAGUCCCGCAAGAAGGGCCCCAAGGCAGAGGCCGGUGCGGGUGGGGACUCCAUCUUCCGGAAGCUGCGGAGCGGGCGGAGCGAGCCGGAGGCCGGCAAGGUCCUCUCUGAGCCCGAGGAAGGAGGCCGAGCCUGGCUGUGCCAGAAGAGCUUUGCCCACUACGACGUCCAGAGCAUGCUCUUUGACCUCAACGAGGUGGUGGCCAGGCGGGCCUACGUGGCGCAGAGGAGGAACACUGCCACGGGGGCUUCUGCCGCCUCGGCUGUCUCUGCUGCCGUCUCCCGGUCCUGUGGCCUGGGGAGCCUGGAGCCCCCCGUCACCUCCUUCCUCGGCCCCGAGGAGCUGAGCUACAAGGACAACCUGGAGCACGACCCCGGAGACGACAACAGCAACGACCUGCUCCUCAGCUGCCCGCACUUCCGCAACGAGACUGGCGGGCAGCAGGAGCGCAACGUCAGCUUCUCUCGGGCCUCUGCCAGCUCCCCGGGGGGCGGGGAGGGCAGCCCGGGGGAGGCGGGGCCUGCCACCUACUGCACCAAUGCCAGCAUCUCCGUGCUGGAAUUCCCCAAGGACCACCAGCAGAAUGCCAGCCGGCUGAAGCACUACAGCAUUGAGCACGUGGACUCGGGUGCCCGCUACUACCACGACUAUUUCUGCAGCAAAGAGCAUUCCAACUACUUUGGGGUGGAUGAGAAGCUGGGGCCGGUGGCCGUCAGCCUCAGGCGCGAGAAGCUGGAGGACCACCGGGAGCAUGGGCCUCAGUACCAGUACCGGAUCAUCUUCCGCACCAGCGAGCUGACCACCCUCCGGGGGUCCAUUCUGGAGGACGCCACGCCCACCACCACCAAGCCCAGCAACGUCCGUGGGCUGCCUCUCAAGGACGCCCUGGAGUACGUGGUCCCGGAGCUGAACAUCCACUGUCUGCGCAUGGCCCUCAGCGUCCCCAAAGUGACUGAGCAGCUGCGGAAGCUGGACGAGCAGGGGCUGUGCCGCAAGCACAAGGUGGGCAUCCUGUACUGCAAAGCCCACCAGAGCUCAGAGGAGGAGAUGUACAACAACGAGGAGGCGGGGCCAGCCCUGGAGGAGUUCCUGGAGCUGCUCGGGGAGAAGGUCUGUCUGCGGGGCUUCAGCAAGUACGCCGCCCAGCUGGACAUCAAAACUGACUCCACGGGAACCCACUCCCUCUACACCACCUACCAGGGCUACGAGAUCAUGUUCCACGUCUCCACGAUGCUCCCUUACACCCCCAACAACAGGCAACAGUUGCUCCGGAAGAGGCACAUCGGGAACGACAUCGUCACCAUCAUCUUCCAGGAGCCGGGGGCCCUGCCCUUCACCCCCCAGAACAUUCGCUCCCAUUUCCAGCACGUUUUUGUCAUCGUCCGUGCCCAGAGCCCCUGCACGGAGAACGUUUGCUACAGCGUGGCUGUGACCCGAUCCAAGGAUGUCCCGCCCUUUGGGCCGGCCAUCCCCAGCAGGGCCGUGUUCCGCAAAUCAGACGUCUUCCGAGAUUUCCUGCUGGCCAAGGUGAUCAACGCCGAGAACGCAGCCCACAAGUCGGACAAGUUCCACACCAUGGCCACCCGCACGCGCCAGGAGUACUUGAAGGACCUGGCUGAGAACUGCGUCACCAGCACCCCCAUCGACGCCACGGGGAAGUUCAGCCUGAUUUCCCUGGCCUCCAAGAAGAAGGAGAAGGCGAAGGCCCGGGUGGGGGCGGAGCAGUACAGCACGGGGGCCAUUGCCUGGAGGGUCUGGGCCCAGGAUUACACCCAAGGCGUGGAGAUCGCGUGCGUCCUGGGCAUCUCCAACGAGUUCGUCGUUCUCUUGGACCUGGCCACCAAGGAGGUGGUCUUCAACUGCUUCUGCGCGGAUGUGAUCGGCUGGACGCCGGACUCUUUUGCCAUCAAGAUCUUCUAUGGCCGUGGGGACCACAUCUUUGUCCGGGCCUUGGAGAGCAACCCGGAGGACAUCAAGGAAGUUGUGCAGAGGCUGAAGGUGAUGACCUCCGGCUGCGAGACCGCGAUCGAUGCUGGUUCCUCUGGGGUGGUCGAUGACGUAUGCUUCGCCUGGCAGGCGGGGCUGCGGCAGGGCAGCCGGCUGGUGGAGAUCUGCAAAGUGGCCGUGGUCACCCUCAGCCACGACCAGAUGAUCGACUGGCUGCGCACCUCCGUGACGGUCAAGGUGGUCAUCAUCCCCCCGCACGAGGACGGCACUCCUCGCAGGGGCUGGGCCGAGUCUUUCCGCGUCAGCACCAUGGAGCCGAAGGUGGAGCCGGAGAGCCUGCCGGUGGGCUACCGGCCCCCCUACCGCAGUAACUCCGCGUGGCAGUGGAGCGGGUCUGCCACCCACGGGGCCUCACAGGCCUCCAAGUGGGGAGAGCAGCCCGCCCCCGGCCACGGCCAGUCACAGUCCCUCACGAGGACCCCGAAACAGAACGCGGCCCCUCCGUACCGAGAGUCUCAGUCCCUGCAUAGCAAGAGGCCAGUGAGCUUCCCAGAGACUCCCCACGCUGCAUCCUCCACCCCCGCUGGAGCAGAGUGGACGGCACACCCUUACCGGCAGCCCUCGGGCAGCUUUUCCACGCCAGCCUCCUCUGGAGCGGCCUAUUCCCGGCUCAAGCAUGGUCCAGACAGGUUUGCAGCCUCCUGCCCACGGCCUCUGGUGCCCUUCGACCCGCUCUGCACCCAUGAGGGGACCCCCAACGGAGACUCCUCCUCUUCCCCCCCCAGUCACGAGAGCACCAUGGAGAGGCCCAAGCCUGAGCCGCUGUGGCACGUGCCUGUGCAGAACCGACUGUCCGCCACUUCCGGGAGCAGCGUGAGCAAGCGGCCGAGCAGACAGGACCCCACGGGCAAGGAGUCUCCCAACCGCCAUGCCAAAGGCGAGGGGCCGUACUCCAGCAGCCACUCCAGCAGCAACACCCUCUCCAGCAACGCCUCCAGCAGCCACAGUGACGAGCGCUGGUUCGACACCCCCGACCCUGCCGAGGCUGAUCCGGACCCCCUGGCCAAAGGGGGCUCCAGCGACAGCGGCAUCGACGCCACCAGUGCCAAGUCCUUGCGCCGGGACAAGAUGCCCGCCGUCUCUCCUCCCUACGGGGCUGCCCUGCAUGAGGCCGGCUGCAAGAGGAGGGAGUCAUCGCCCGGGGUCGGCUCCGGGGGGCAGAGCCGGGUCUACCGCCCCAAGGCCUUUGCCGUGGGAGCCAGCAUAGCUGGCCGGGGCGGCAGCAGCAAUAACAGCCACUUCAAUCAGCCAAGCCAUAGCAGCUCCCGUGCAACUUACCCUGCCCAGGUCUACAAGAAGAUGGCAGCAGCGGAUGGGCCGCGGGCCCUGCACAUGUCACAGUCCAGCUCCUUCCAGCUGUCAGCUUCCGUGCCCAAGUCCUUCUUCUCCAAGCAGAGCAGCAGGAGCAAGCACCUGCCGGCAGGGUGGAAGCAGGGCGAGGAGGCCCCUGCCGGGCCGGGCCCCUCCACCGACCCCAAGAAGCAGGUCGACCUGAACACCAAGAAUGUCUUUGGCCAGCCGCGGCUGCGGGCCUCCCUGCGCGACCUCCGCUCCCCCCGCAAGACCCACAAGUCCACCAUUGAGGACGACCUGAAGAAGCUCAUCAUCAUGGACAGCAGCCUGGCGGAACAGGAGCAGGAGCAGUCCCCACAGAAAACUCUCCAGCGCACGCUGUCGGAUGAGAGCCUCUGCAGUGGCCGACGUGAUGCCACCUUUGCCAGCACCUACGACUUUGAGCAGCCUCUGGCCAACGACGUCCUCUUCACCAGCACCUACCCCUCCUGCACUCUGCCUAUCCGGAAGCAGCACCCGCCCCCCAGCCAGGGCAGCUUCUCGGAGAAGAAGUCCCCCAUCUCUGCUUCGGAGCUCUCGUUGAGCGACACGCGGGAGAAGCCCCUGCGGCGCAUUGACCCGGGCCUGAUGCCUCUGCCGGACACAGCCGCUGGCCUGGAGUGGUCGAGCCUGGUCAGUGCCGCCAAGGCCUACGAAGUGCAGAGAGCCGUCUCCCUCUUCUCCCUCAACGAGUCUGCGCUGAGCCCUGAGGGGCCUGGAGGCCGAGGGCAACUUAGCUUGGAGAGGCAGCCCACCCCCCGCACCACACCCACCAUGAGUGAGGAGCGCCCCGCGGCAGAUCUCACGGGCAAAGUCUACCAGCUGGAAGCCAUGCUCAAGCAGCUGCACAGCGACCUCCAGAAAGAGAAGCAGGACAAGGUGGUGCUGCAAGCGGAAGUGGCCAACCUCCGGCAAAACAACCAGCGGCUCCAGGAGGAAUCGCACACAGCCAAUGAGCAGCUGCGCAAGUUUGCCGAGAUCUUCUCCAGCGCGGUGGAGAAGAAGGAGCUGUGAGCAGUGGUGGCAGCAGCAGCAGGCCCUGCAGGGGGAGCCUGGCGGGAGGCCCUUGCUGCCGCUUGGGCACACGACCCCCCCGGGGGUGGGGGGGAGAAGGCCCGCCUGUUUCUCCCUGGAGUAUGGUUGUGUCUUCUGCCCCCUCGCCAGCCCGGCUCACAGGCCUCUCUGUCCACCCGGGGCCAGGCUUUGGCCUUGGAGCUGAGGAGGGCCGCUUGGCUCCUGGAGCCGCGGAGACCAGGCUGGGGGCCUGAGCAGGCGUGGCCCCGUCGGCCGGUGCCUGCCACGCAGCCUAGGCGAGGGCCCCCAGGGUCCUAGGAAGAAGAGCACUUUCUCACAGUUAAAUUAUUUUCUAGAGAAGGACAGGUUGGGAAUGGCUCAGGAAGUUAAAGAGAAAAAAAAAAGAAUUUAAACAUAAAACACUAUAUUUGUAGAAAUGGGACUGUUUGUAAUAUUUUCUAUGCGAUGUCUGUGCAUGAGUCAGAGUCCAGAUCUGUUU